CUACUCUUUAUCCUCCCGUCGUUAAGUAUCAGCCUGGCCUCGGCCUUACCUCCGUCUUCUCGAAUGUACGCUGCCGUAUAAUAUCUCCCAGUACCUACCUGUGUUCUGGGAGAACUUCCCUCACCUCUCCACCUCACCCCUCGAUGAACCCGGGGAGCUCUCCGCUAUCCGCACGCUUCUCCGUGUCGGCCUCCCAAGAUGUGGCUAGACCGCAUUUCGGGUCAUGCGACGCCAUCCGGUCCCCAAUUCGAUAGUCGCAGCAGUUCUCCCUUGCCUCGAAGGACCUCAUCUCGCUUGGCUCCUACUCAGAACAAUCGCCCCGCCUCCAGUCGCCAAGGUUCGGCGUUGUCUCUCUUGUCGACUCCGAACGACUCAUCUACUUCCCUCGCUGCGACUGCGCGUGAAGGUUCCUCGCCUAAACCGAGUGCUGCAAGACCCCGCCCAUCCGAUGUUGCUGAUCCGCUCGAGGUUUUGAUUGGGAUCAUUGGAAAACAAGGCAAAACAAGAGACAGCUCUCCAGCGUCCGUCGCGGAAGUGAAACCCUCGGAGCUUGUGGAGGACAUUGAUUUCCAUGGACUCAGCCUGGAAGACUUUAUCGCGGAAGAAGAACAACCUAGAAAAGCCUGGCAAAGUGAUGUCGGCGCCCAGACCAUCCAGCAGUUCGAGAAGGAAAGGGACAAAUUUCAGGACCUGCACUCGGCAAUCACUGGCUGCGAUGACGUCUCCAAGUCAGUUGAAAUGUACUUGAAUGACUUCCAGAAUGAAUUGGGAGCUGUAUCGGCAGAAAUAGAGAGUUUGCAAUCUCGUUCGAUACAGCUGAAUGCGAUGCUAGAGAACCGACGGAAUGUUGAACAGCUGCUUGGACCUGCUGUGGAGGAAAUCAGCUUGUCUCCGAAGACCGUCCGAUUAGUGGCGGAGGGACCUAUUGAUGAGAACUGGGUCAAGGCUCUGAACGAGAUCGAGACUCGGACGGCUAGCAUCGAAGCCAAGGCCUCAGGCACCAAUAGUAGCAAGUCUAUCGAAGAUGUGCGGCCUCUGCUGGGUGAUAUCAAGAAGAAGGCAGUGGAGCGGAUCCGGGACUACCUGGUGUCUCAAAUUCGAGCCCUGCGAUCUCCGAACAUCAAUGCACAGAUCAUCCAGCAGCAGCGACUGGUUAAGUUCAAGGACUUGUACGGCUACAUAUCACGAGCCCACCCCACUCUCACGGGAGAAAUCACCCAGGCCUACAUCAAUACGAUGCGAUGGUAUUACCUGUCGCAUUUCACAAGGUAUCACCAAGCACUCGAAAAAAUCAAGGUCUAUCCGAGCGAUCGGAAUGAGGUAUUAGGAGGGGAUCCAUCCUCACAUAAAACAGGUAAUAUUGUUCCCGGCGGCCGAGCUGGUUCUGCGGCGCACGACCCCUUCUCUCUCGGCAGGAGAGUCGACAUACUUAGGGCAGGUAAUCAAAUGGCAAUAUCUUCUUACUUGGCAGAGGAAGACAAUGCUUUCCACGGACUCGAAGUCCCUUUCCGAAACUUCAACCUUGCUCUCCUAGAUAAUGUUUCCGCCGAAUACUCGUUCAUGACCGAGAUGUUCUCCACAUUGGGCUUCCAACAGAUAUCUCGCAAGGCCGUUGAGAUCUUCGAACCAGUCUUCACCCUUGGGCAGGCCCUGACCAAGCACCUGAUCGAGCAGACUACAGAUGCGCUCGGAGUUCUGAUCUGCGUGCGAUUGAACCAGCAAGCCGCUUUCGAAUUGCAGCGGCGCAAGGUGCCGGUGGCCGACUCCUAUGUCAACGGAACCAACAUGCAAUUGUGGCCUCGGUUCCAAGUCAUCAUGGACACGCAGUGCGAGUCAUUGAAACGGGUAGCAGCGAACACCGGCCGUAGUGCGGUCUCCGCAUUGUCUCUUGCUGGAGGAGACGAUCUCAACAAGUCAUCCGCACCUCAUUUUCUCACUCAGCGUUUUGGACAACUCCUGCACGGCAUUUUGGUGCUGAGCAGUGAAGCCGGGGAUGACGAGCCAGUGGCCAAUAGUCUGGGCCGAUUGACCACAGAGUUUGACAAUCUUCUAGCAAAGCUUAGCCGGAUUGGCGGCGACGCCAAACGGAGGGAGAGGUUUCUUUACAAUAAUUAUUCGCUUGUUCUGGCUAUUAUUAGUGAUACCCAUGGCAAACUAGCCACCGAACAGAAACAGCUUAUCGGCAUCGGCACCGACGCCGACUCCGCCCGUCGUGGGGAACCACCACCACUCAAAUGCUCCUCCUCACCCCAACAACCCACCCCCGUACAAUGCAGGCAUUGUCUAGAUGAUCCCACGGAGUCACCCAAUUACCAUGGCCACCCCACUGCCGCCUGCAGGGCCGACGUCACACAUGCGGUUAUAGGCGCAGGGGUUGUCGGACUGGCAGUUGCGCGUCAACUAGCCAUGAAAGAGGGCACAUCGACAAUUCUGCUCGAGAGACAUGACGCGCCGGGGACAGAGACGAGUAGUCGCAAUUCAGAGGUCAUCCACGCAGGCCUCUACUACGGCGCCGACACCCUCAAAACCUCCCUCUGCAUCAAAGGCAAAGAGCUCCUGUACGCACUCUGCGCCCAACACAACAUCCCACACCGCAACACCAAGAAAUGGAUUGUGGCCCAAACCCCAGAACAAUGGGAAGCCUGUCUGCGCGUGCACGAGCAUGCCAAACGCAUCGGCGUCCCCACGCGCAUCCUAGGCCAGGAAGAAGCGCAGCGGCGCGAACCUGAAGUGCGCGCCCUGGCCGGCAUCGUGGAGAGCCCGACAACCGGCAUCAUCGACAGUCAUUCCUUAAUGACCUAUCUACAAGGAGAUUUCGAAGAUCGCGGCGGAGACUGCGCGUUCAUGACACAGGUGACGGGCAUUGAACCCCUCCCUAGUAGUGAGGGCGGCGGAUACCGGAUCAGCGCUGUGUCAGCGGACGGGAGUGAGACGACCAUCACAGCGGAGACAGUGAUCAACAGUGCAGGCAAUGGGGCCUGUGCGAUCAAUAACAUGGUGAUGCCGGCUGAGCGGCAUCGAAAAGCUUAUUUCGCCAAGGGAACGUAUUUCUCUUACUCGGCUUCCACGCCGAAGACCUCGGUGCUGGUGUAUCCGACUACGUUGCCGGGAACGGGCGGGCUAGGGACCCAUUUGACCCUUGAUAUGGGCGGCAGGAUCCGGUUUGGGCCGGAUGUCGAGUGGGUGGAGGAUCCGAGUGAUUUGAGGCCCAGUCCGGCAAGGUUGCAGCAGGCGUUGCCGGAGAUCAGGGCGUAUUUGCCUAAUGUGGAUGUUGAGGCGAUCGCUUUGGAUUAUUGUGGGAUCCGGCCUAAGUUGGGGAAGGGAGGGGCGGUGAAUACGGGGAAAGGGUUUCAGGAUUUUGUGAUUCAGGAGGAGGAAGGGUUUCCUGGAUUUGUGAAUUUGUUGGGCAUUGAGAGUCCUGGAUUGACGAGUUGUUUGGCCAUUGGGGAGAGGGUGAGGGAUAUUUUGUAUGCUUAGAUAGUAGCUCCUACUUUUAUGUAUAUAGUAGAUGCAGACUUGGGUUGCGUACAUACUAGUCGGGAGAAAUACAUAGUUUGUAUAUCAGAG